GGAACAUCUAUUUUUUGACACUAGCUGACAGAUAUUGGUCGAUAAUUCCCAUAUAUUUGUUCGUAAAUUCUAAAUAAACGAGCAAAAUGGCUUUCACAAUCUGCGGCCCUAAACUGUCCCUAUGUGGGCUUGUAUUGAGUGUGUGGGGGAUCAUCCAGUUGACUCUGAUGGGCGUUUUCUACUAUAUCAGAGCAGUAGCUUUGCUAGAGGACCUUCCCCUUGAAGAGGGCGCUCAUAGUAGCAUUGAUCAUUUCAUCACAGAAGUGGAAACUGGAUAUGAUCAGAAUGCCUACAACUGCUGGAUUGCGGCUCUGCUCUAUGUAAUCACGCUGGUAAUCUCUGGACACCAAUUCUGGAUGAACAACCGUUCCUCAGUUAGCAUGUAAAUACAAUAUUGGUGUGAAAGUGUUAUCGCUGUUUCUAUAGUUCACAUUGGUAAUAGACAUUAAGUCCAAUAGUGAGCUGUAGAAACACAGCUAUGUGUUGCAAAACUGCUCCUAGCAACUCCAUUCCAUUAAUAAUUUAUUGAAUGAGCAUUUGAAUCUUGUAAACAUAGAGGUGUAAAAAAACUUGUUUUGAAAUGUUUUACAAUUCAGAAACAUCCAUGAUUAGCAUUAUCCUUACCACCAAGUUAUAAUAACAAUUUCUAAUGAAUAUGAAUGGUAAUUAUUCUAAGUGGAAAUGUUAUUUUGUUUUAAUCAAAAUGUUCUAUUGUAUAGUCUCAAACAACAUGUAACUUUAUAAUUGAAAAAGUAAUUUAUUUAAAAUCCACAUAUCCACUUAUAUCCAUAUAUAUUAUGAAUCAUUGAAAUCAACAUGGCAUACUUGUGGAAUUUAAUUAUAAUAAGUAUUAUUGCUGUUAAAUUGUACAUAAUGAUUAUCCCUUGUACAUUACGAAAGGCUUAGUUUUUCUUGAAUAAACAUAUUAAUGUUAGA